GGAGGAGAGAAGGUACAACCCACACAGAGCAGCAUCAUGGCCACUCAGUUAGCUUCCUGCAAGAGAGCUGAUCCAGCUGAACUGAAAACUAUAUUUUUGAAGUAUGCGAGUAUUGAAGAGAAUGGCGUGCACUACAUGUCUGCAGUUGAUUUUGUCAAAAGGUUUAUGGCUUUCUAUGAUGACGCAGAAGCCAACCCCAACUCAGUGCAGCUGCUUGCAAGUGCCGUACAUCAAACCAAAGAUGGGAUGAUCUCCUUUCAAGAUUUCCUUGCAUUUGAGUAUGUUUUAUGUGCCCCAGAUGCCUUGUUCAAAGUUGCUUUCCAACUGUUUGACAAGAAGGGAAAAGGAGACAUCAUAUUUGAUGACGUCAAGCAAAUAUUCGGCCAGACCGUUAUACACCAGCAUAUUCCAUUUAACUGGAAUUCUGAGUUUGUGGAGCUGUAUUUUGGGAAGCAAAGACAAAAGCGCCUUACAUACCAAGAAUUUACUCGGUUCCUCCUGGACUUGCAGAUGGAACAUGCAAAGCAAGCUUUUAUGCAGAGAGAUGAGGCAAAACGUGGCACAAUUACAAACAUGGAUUUCAGGGAUAUUAUGAUUACCAUUCGCCCACAUAUGUUGUCUCCAUUUGUGCAGGAAAGCUUGACAGCUGCAGCGGGAGGUACUACAUCUCGUGAGGUCAGCUUCUCCUACUUUAAUGGUUUUAACUCUCUCCUUAACAACAUGGAGCUCAUUACGAGGAUCUACAGUACUCUGGCUGGCUCCAGAAAAAAUAUGCAAGUUAGUAAAGAGGUAUUUAUGGUUGCUUCCCAGAGGUUUGGUCAAGUGUCUCCUAUGGAAGUAGAGAUUUUGUUUCAGUUAGUGGACCUCUAUAAGCCUCAUGGAGAUGUGACAAAUACAGACCUUGAAAAAAUAAUGCCGCCGCAGGAAGACUACUUUGCAAACGCUCAGCUGGCCAGGAGCAGCUUGUCUCGUUCUCCUCUGAUUCAGAUAGCAGAGUCAGGAUACAGGUUUAUUCUUGGUGGAAUAGCUGGAGCCACUGGUGCCACGACUGUCUAUCCAAUUGACCUGGUGAAAACCCGUAUGCAGAACCAACGUACCACAAAGCUGAUCAGCGACAAAUCUAUGUACAAGAAUAGCUUUGAUUGCUUCAGAAAAGUGGUGCAGUAUGAAGGCAUUAUUGGCCUUUACAGAGGUCUGAUACCACAGCUGAUGGGUGUUGCCCCAGAGAAGGCCAUAAAACUUACAGUGAACGACUUUGUAAGAGACAUAUUUCUUCGGAAAAACGGCACUCUCUCAUUGCCAGGAGAAUUUCUUGCAGGUGGUUGUGCUGGCGCUUCACAGGUUAUCUUCACUAAUCCACUGGAGAUUGUCAAGAUCCGGUUGCAAGUGGCAGGUGAAGACACCUCUGGUCAUCGUGUCAGUGCAUUUAGCAUAGUAAAGGACUUGGGAUUCUUUGGAUUGUAUAAGGGCGCGAAGGCCUGUUUUAUGCGUGAUAUCCCAUUCUCUGCCAUCUACUUCCCCAGCUACGCUCACAUAAAAAUAGCUCUGGCAGAUAAAGAUGGCCUGGUGAGCCCUUGGAAUAUGCUCUUGGCAGGAGCUGUGGCUGGGAUGCCAGCAGCCUCUCUGGUGACACCUGCCGAUGUUAUCAAGACCAGGUUACAGGUGACUGAGCGGGAAGGGCAGACCAAGUACAACGGGGUGUUUGACUGCUUUCGCAAGAUCCUUUCACAAGAGGGUCCAACUGCGUUUUGGAAAGGAACAGCAGGUGCACAAGGAGGAUGAUUUUAUUUCUGUUUAAUUGAAGAUAUUUAAUGUGAUUUAACAUUUUGUAAGUAAUGGAUCGCAACUAGACAAGGACAAUCCCAAUGUUUUCUUCUGUUUGCUGAAAUCUGUCAUCGGUAAUGGUCAGAGGGGCCCCUCUGGCCUGGUACCAAUGUUGAAUCUGUCUAUUGCCCUACAAAAGACCCAUGAGGGUAUCACUGGGGUCUCGAGGGAGCACUGGUGAGUUGGUGUUUGACCCAACCAGUCAUCGUAUAGAUCUGUCUGUGUAGAAAGGAGAAAAGCUGGUAAGAGCAGUUGAGUAGAUCAAAGAUCCAGUCUGCUGGAAGGAAGUGAACUCUGCACAGCAUCGCCUUGGUCAAGUAAGGCAGCAGGUGCAGACAGCAUAAAUGCCAAGUUUGUAAAAGCCUCUGGUAUAAAGGACAGAUAAUGGCGAGGGUCUAGCAGAUCAAAACCAGAAACCAUCAACUCGCCCAAGGCUGAUCAACAACUGGAUGAUGCCCAAAAACCACCUAAUUUGAUCUAUUCAUCAAUGUAAUGAAUAAUAUCAAAAGAGAUGAACUCGGUAUAUCUGGGUCAGGAUAUUUCUGAUACAAUUGCAGUGCGUCUGCUUCCAGAUGAUGUACUGGUCCCUCAACACACACU